AUGGAAGAUGCCCCAACUUCUAGUCAAUAUGACUUGGUGGUCAAAUGUUUUGGAGGGCAAAAUCAUGGCCAUAUGACUUGCUUUGGAGGUGCUGUGAAGCCUAAAGACUUGAAGGUUGGUAGCUCAAAAGAUAAGGGGUUAGAUGCUAGAUUGCGCGAAUCUGAAGAAGAGAAGGUUGCUAUGCGAAAGCGUAUAGAGGAGCUUGAGGCUGCGGAGAGAGAUAGAGAGGUGAGAACUGAAACUAGGGCUGAAGUUAUGGGGGAAAUGGAAGUUAAAAUAGCGAAACAAGUUAAAGUUCAAGUGGCAGCAAUGUUGGGUGCUCGAUCGUCAAAGAAAAAGAAACCAACUUAG